UUCACAACAGCUACGAUAUCUGGAAAUUGUCAAUGUUUGAGUAGAGAUUUGCACGGAUUCCUAAAGCGGAACGAUUUAUCGCGUGCCGCUGUUUCCACACGGAUCAGCGGCGUUCCCAAACAUGGCAACCUGCACGCGUAGUGUGUGGAAAGUUUUAGCAGGAUGUCAGAGGCAGCUGCUGAGCGCCGGCGGCCGUCAUCCCGUUUAUUCCAGUAUAUCACAGACUGCACAGAGGAAUCCACCCGUCAGGACUUUUGCAGCUGCCAGGUCACAAAGGAAAGGGAAAAAAGAGGAGGAGGAGGAGGUGGUGGUGAAGAAGAAAGAGAGGCCCGUCAUCGAUGAGAAAAACAGACAUAAGCCUUUCGGGAAGACGGCGUGGGCGCCCGUGGACGAUGUGUAUGUUAUGAAGUACUACCCUCGGCCCGUGUACGGCGCCGCGGAGGCCGUCGACCUGCUCAAGAAGUUUCAGGUGUUGGACUUCACCCCCCCGAGUCAGCCCGUCUACAUCGAUCUGAAGCUGGACAUGAAACUGGAAAAGAAGAAAAAAGUCGACACCUUCGUCAGCACCGUGCACUUACCGCACCCCUUCAAGACGGAGACGAACAAGAUUUUAGUUUUCACUCAGGACGCUAGUCAAGCUAAAGACGCGCUGGAGAAAGGAGCCGCGUUCGCUGGAGGAGUGGAGCUCAUUCAGCCGAUCUUGGAUGAUACGAUUUCUGCAGAUUUCUACGUGGCGGUUCCAGACAUCCUCUCGAAGCUCGUGCCGCUGAAGAACAAGCUGAGGAAGAAGUUUCCAAAGACCAAGAGAGGCUCCAUCAGCGUCGACGUUCCCAAGAUGUUGGACUUUUUUAAAAUGGGUCACCAGUACCUGGUGGAGAGCGAGUGCUUCGUCAGGACCCAGAUCGCCAUGCUGGACAUGCCCACUGAACACAUCGUAGCCAACAUGCAGAGCGUCCUGAUCGAUGUCUGCAGUCACCGGCCGGCCAGUUUUGGACCCUUCGUGGAGCGAGCGAUCAUCUCCAGUCAGACCAGUGAAGCCUUGUGGUUCAGGAGUCAAGACCUUUUACCGGAAGUUCAGGAGGAGAAGAAGGAGACGGAGGAGGAUGAUGAGGAGGAGGAGGAGGAUUGAGCCUCCUAUUAAUUAAUUAAUAAAUGAAUGAGUAAAUGGAUGAAUGAAUGAAUGGAGAGAGUUUACUGUGACCUCAUCAGAGCUGACGGGUCAUGUGACCUCAUCAGAGCUGACGGGUCAUGUGACCUCAUCAGAGCUGACGGGUCAUGUGAUGUAGAGGAAGCUCCUCGUUAAGUGUCUCAUUAAAUCUUGUUUGUAUUUUAAA